AUGUCGACUGACGUUACUGCCCAACAGGAUAAGAAAAAGACUGGCCAAACAAAAUCAACUGCAGCGGCCCCUGUGAAGGUAGAGCCCGCCGUUACUGCUGCAUUCUCUCGCAAGAAGGCGAACCUAAAGGACAAAGCUGGUAAACGCAAGAGCUCUGAUGGGCCUGUACUGGGAGGUGCGGACUAUGUCGAUCUGAUGAUGGGAGGGAGAAGGAAAGCCAAAGUGGAAGCCGCGAAAUUGCCCAAGGAUGACUGA